GAGACUCAAGUAGUCGCUGGGCCAUGAAGGGAUGGAGCUUGUUAGCCCUGGUGGCUACUUUGCUUCUCUUGUGCCAGGCUGAGGAGACAGAAGAACAACGCUCCUGCCAUGGGGCAUUUGACCUGUACUUCGUUUUGGACAAAUCUGGUAGUGUGAAAAAUCAUUGGCAUGAAAUUUACUCAUUUGUGGAAAGCCUUGCUGAAAAAUUCAUAAGUCCCAUGCUGCGAAUGUCAUUCAUUGUCUUCUCAUCUCGGGCUACUACUAUCUUAAGACUGACAGAGAACAGAGAGGCGAUUCAGCGAGGCCUGAAUAAGCUGCGUACUGAAGUCCCUGGAGGAGACACGUUUAUGCAUGAAGGGUUGAAACAGGCUACAGAACAGAUCUAUCAAGAGAAUCAUGGAGGUCGUGCUGCAAGUGUUAUUAUUGCGUUAACUGAUGGAGAGUUGCAGCAAAUUCAGUUUGAAUAUGCAGAAUCAGAAGCUCGGAGAGCCCGCAGUUUAGGUGCCACAGUUUACUGCGUUGGAGUUAAAGAGUUUAAUGAAACACAGAUUGCCAGAAUAGCAGACAGCAUUGACCAUGUCUUCCCAGUACUGGGUGGGUUUGAAGCCUUGCAAGGAGUUAUUGACUCUAUCCUGAAGAAAUCUUGUAUUGAGAUCCUGGCUGCUGAGCCUUCCAGCGUGUGCGCAGGAGAGUCCUUCGAAGUGGUGGUGCGAGGGAACGGCUUUUAUCAUGCCCGGAAUAUAGAUCAAGUGAUGUGCAGCUUUAAGAUUAAUGAGAACUCAACAAUAAAUGAGAAGCCUUCAGACAUAAAGGACACUUACCUGUUGUGUCCUGCUCCAGUGAUUGAAGAAGUUGGACAGGUGGUGUAUUUACAGGUCAGCAUGAACAUGGGUCUGACCUUCAUCUCAAGUUCAGUCAGCAUCACUAGUACACACUGUCGCACAGGGGUCAUCCUGUUCAUCAUUUUGCUUGUUCUCUUCCUGCUUCUCCUUCUGGCAUUGCUAUGGUGGUUCUGGCCGCUGUGUUGCACUGUGGUGAUAAAGGAGCCUCCUCCACCGCCCCCUCCGGAGCCUGAAUCUGAUGAUGAAGAUGGGUUACCCAAGAAGAAGUGGCCUACAGUGGAUGCGUCAUACUAUGGAGGAAGAGGCGUGGGGGGCAUAAAAAGGAUGGAGGUAAGGUGGGGAGACAAGGGCUCCACAGAAGAGGGUGCAAAGCUGGAGAAGCCCAAGAAUGCUGUUAUUAAGUUACCAGACCAGGAAUAUGAACCUUGGGAACCAAAACCAAAGAAACCUUCAACCAGGAGGGGCCCACAGGAAAGAAAAUGGUACAGUCCAAUCAAGGGUAAACUUGAUGCAUUGUGGGCUUUGCUUCGAAGAGGGUAUGACCAAGUGUCCCUGAUGAGACCACAGGCUGGCGAUAAGGGACGAUGUAUUAACUUCACUAGAGUGAAAGCUGACGGAACACCAGCUAUUUACAAACCUCCUGCCAGUAGCGUUCCUCUAAACAACAUUCCAAAGCAGCCCCCGCAGCGGCAGCCUCCACCGGGCCCACCACCCUCAAGAUUGCCUCCGGGGCCACCCCCAUCUCGUCCUCCCCCUCAGCCCUAAUUUGGUGUUUUUUAUGCUGGACUAACACCGUCUCUUUUAGGGUAGCUGCACAAAAGCAGUGUGAGAGCAGCUCUGUGCUGUAAUACGUACCCAAGACACAACUACAAUGUGCCCACCUUCUUAUUCAGUCUGUUCUGUAGUUUCUGAUUAUAUUAAAAUUCACAGAUGAAUUCAAAGGGCACAUACAAAAAUACUGCAGGCAUUUCCCAGGUACAGUGAUAAGGAUGCUGAAAAGCUCCAACUGCUUCUUUUUUUUAAUUGAUUAUAAUAGAUUCUGUAAGAACAUAACAGUCUUUCAGUUCUUUAGUAGUUAGGAAAGUAAAUAGGAACUGCCGGUUUAAGUUGCCCGUUAUCUGCUUUAUAGACCCAGAAAUGCAAGUUUCAAAUGCGGAAAUGCUCUGAUACGUGACUGAGCCUUGUGUUUGCACUUUAUUAAAAUCUAAGUAUGUGCUGCCAUCUAGGUGGCAUUUCCAUUAGGAAUUAUCCACAAAGAAAAAUCAAAGCAACAAAUGAUCUGACUUAACCCUUUUAUCCAGCCAAGAGCAGCUUUUAUCUUCGGCAUUAACCAUUUUGUUGCCAGAGUAGUCUGCAACUUAUUGGGGUUUGUGUUACGAUCUUUCUUUGUAAUAGAGUGCAGGCUGCUCUGGCAAAGAAAAGGUUAUUGAAGCCUUAUCUAUUUAUUCCUUCAUGUUUUUUAAGGUAAGACAAAUGGAGUUUGUUGCUGGUCAGCAAAAUCUGCCCCAUUUGUGUUUAGGUUACAGCCUGACUUCAUGAUAAUUCACAAAUACAAUCUCCACUCUCAGUUAUUAUAUUGUAUAUAAUUUCUGUUUGUUUUGUCUGCUUUAUAGUUAUCCAUCUCUGGUAGUUACACAGUGGGAUGCCAGUUAUAUAGGUGAAUGGUGCUAUUGAAUCAGGACUCCAGAUAUAUAUAAUCAGGCUUGAGUCCAUAAGGCAGAUCUCACUGCUUUAGUUAGUGUGGCGUUGCAGAUAUGGCAAAUAGUAUUGUUUAUUAUAUGAGAAAUUUGCAUGUGAAACUGCCAAGGAUUUGUACAGAGCAUAUAAAAGCAUGUCAUACUGCUGGGCAGUUAGUAUAAUUUAUAAUAUGUGCUGAAACACAUAUCAGCCUCCUUGUUCCACAGCUUGGGAGUCAGCAUGUCAAGGGAAUGUCAUUUUUUUGAGGAGUGACACCAACUUAAUAUGUUUGGGGACCUAUGCCAGAUUUUCCAUCUGCAGUGUGUCAAUAGAUAUGGGGUGAUGAACUUAUUUUUAGAGAGUUUGUGCCAAAUUGGCAAUUAUAUUCUAUAAAUACCAUUAUGGUAGCCUUGGGAAGUACAGCAUGCCACAUGUCACCUUGGGCAAGCAUGCCAAGGUUCAUCACUCUUGCAAAACCACCUAUGUGUGGAGAGAAAUUAAACUUUAUUAAGAGUGGAAGAGGAAGAUCAAAAGUGAAAAGGGAUAAUUGGAAAUGGGUGCAAGGGGCACACGCAGGAGAGGAGAGAAGGCAACGUGGUAGAGGUUAUGUUGGUGCAAUAGCUCUGAAUAGAUGCAUGUCAUCAAUAAAAGAACUUGGCUAAUUGCUGUUGAUGUGCAAUAAAUGAUCUUUCCUACCCUUCCAAAAAUAUUGCCCUAUUUGUAGGUGGACUCAACUGGAAGGGGGUCCUAUAAUAACUGGAAAAAAAUAGUAGUAGCAGGAAUGUCCGAAAUAUUAAGGUGGUUUAAUUGGUCCUUUAUGAAAUAUCCAAUGAGAGAGAGGACAGAAUUAUAGAAUGGGAUACUCCUUUUAGUAGCUUGAAAGUGAAUGAUUAAAGGUUUUGCUAGAAUGUGUUUUUAAUGGACUACAUAAUACUCUCUUACCCAUAUUAGAGCAUAUGUCUUAGUGCUUGUAGAUUUUCCCCAAAGUAUUAGAACCUUUAUUCUUUGAUUUUAAGAAAACAAACCUUAUAUACACAAAAA